GAGGGCCGGAGCGGAGCGGCGCCGCUACCGCCGCACGCGCAAACUUGGGCUCGCGCUUCCCGGCCCGGCGUGGAGCCCGGGGCGUCCGCGGCCCCGCCAUGUCGCGAUCCAACCGGCAGAAGGAGUACAAGUGCGGAGACUUGGUGUUCGCGAAGAUGAAGGGCUACCCACACUGGCCGGCCCGGAUUGAUGAGAUGCCUGAGGCUGCAGUGAAGUCAACAGCCAACAAAUAUCAAGUCUUUUUUUUUGGGACCCAUGAGACGGCAUUCCUGGGCCCCAAAGACCUCUUCCCUUACGAGGAAUCCAAGGAGAAGUUUGGAAAGCCCAACAAGAGGAAAGGGUUCAGCGAGGGGCUGUGGGAGAUCGAGAACAACCCUACAGUCAAGGCUUCCGGCUACCAGUCCUCCCAGAAAAAGAGCUGUGCAGAAGGGCCGGAGCUGAAGCCUGAAGCCCCCGAGGGCGAUGGUGAUAAGAAAGGAAAUGCUGAGGGCAGCAGUGAUGAGGAAGGGAAGCUGGUGAUCGAUGAGCCAACCAAGGAGAAGAAUGAGAAGGGGGUGCUGAAGAGGAGAGCAGGGGACCUGUUGGAGGAUUCCCCUAAACGUCCCAAGGAGUCAGAAGAUCCUGAAGGUGGGGAGGAUAAGGAGAUGGCUACCUUGGAGGGUGAGAGGCCACUUGUGGAGGUAGAGAAGAACAGCAACCCCUCUGAGCUAGGCUCUGGCCGGGGACCUCCUCAGAAGGAAGAGGAAGAAGAGGCUGCCAAGGAAGAAGCUGAGGCUGAGAGCAUCAGAGAUCAUGAGAGCCUGUAGCCAUCAAUGUUUCAAGAGGAGCCCCUGCCCCGUUCCUGCUGCUGUCUGGGUGCUACUGGGGAACUGGCCAUGGCCUGCAAACUGGGAACCCUUUUCCCACCCAACCCAUUCUCCUCCUCCACUCACUUUCUCCUCUUUAAGUCCAGCCCCUGGAGAUUGACCUGACCCUCACCUCUAGGUCCCUCUACCCUGUGACCUAAGUCAGGGCCAUGUCUUCUGUGCCCUGGGAUGAGAUGAGGCCAUUAUGUCUCCUUAGAUUUGUUUCCUUGGGCUUCUGUUGGGGCUUGGGCUGCUUUUUCCACUUCUUGAAACACCUCCCCUCCUGCAGACAUUCUAGACCUCUGGGCUGGCUUGGGGCAGGAAUGGAGGUGAUAGAGUUUCUGAAGCCUGGUCGGGCAGGAGGCUCCUGUUCUCUCCUCCUACAUCCUGUUUUCCCAUCUGCCAAAAUUCAGGAAAAGGCGGACAAUAUGUGGGAGGGGCCUCCUUCCAUAAAUCCUUGGUGAUUUGGACAGCAGCUAUUUUGCUGACCUCAGGAGUUCUAGGAAUUGUAGGUUAUCAUUAGAAGAGACCCUGUGGCUUCCAAGUUGUUAGGGCCACUGGACCUGGAGAGAGCUGAGAUCUGAAGGGUUCCUUUAUCAUUUGCAUUGAACAAAUGUCCUUUAUAUCUCAGGCCAGAUAAGAGGUGACCUGGGGAAAUUCCUGUUGCCCUCUUCCCACAAUGCUCAAGGCCAGCCUGUAGUCAGAUAUAUCACCCAGACAUAAAGGAAAAGACACAUUUUUUAGGAAAUGUUUUUAAUAAAAGAAAAUUACAAAAAAAAAGUAACCCCCACCUCUUUGUGUGCACCCCAUUCUGCUCCUUUCUUCCCACCACUCCUCAUUUCUAGGUGCGCCUGGAGGCGCCCUUCUGUGGGGGGUUGAUGGCUUUCUUUUUGUAGCUGGGACUUUGGUACUUCCUCCAGAGUCAUACCCCUUUUGGUCCUCUUGGUGUUGUCACAUCCACUUUGUAGCCCACUAAGAAGACGGGAAAAGUGCCCUCCCCCAGCCUCUUCCUAGUGGUCUCUCUAUGCCUCUCUUUUGCCUUUUGUCUUUUACUUCUUGUCCCUCCCUUGGGCUCUGAAGAAAAAUUGCUGACUGUAGCUUUGGAAGUUUAGCUCUGAGAACCGUAGACAAUUUGAGUUCUAGGAAAAUAAAACCCGUUGAUUACUA